CGUCAACAGCAGCAGCAGCAGCUGCAGUAGCAUCCGUGUUAUCAACGCUUUAUUUUAAAACAACAACAACAGAUUGUUGCUAGCUUGUCUAUCUUAGCUUGUAGCAUCUCGUAACCCCCAUCUCUCUUCCCUUAUGUCAUUUUAUUUUUAUGUUUUUCUGCGUCACAUCCUCCUGACCUGAGGAAUGUAGAGACAGAGAGCUUUAAAAAUAGCAUCCUCUGCUGUGACAGCGCUGCUCCGGAGGCUCCGCAGCACUGUGGUGCCACUAGCGGGAAUGCGAAGAUGGCUGCAGACCUGGGAGAGCUGCUGGUCCCGUACAUGCCCACCAUUAGAGUCCCCAAGACGGGAGACAGGGUUUUCAAAAGCGAGUGUGCCUUCUCCUUCGACUCUCCUGAGUCUGAGGGAGGCCUGUAUGUGUGUAUGAACACAUUCCUGGGCUUUGGACGAGAACAUGUGGAGAGACAUUAUCGCAAAACAGGACAGAGUGUUUACAUGCACCUCAAACGGCAUGUGAAAGAGAAAUCCACAGGAGCUGCAGGAGGUGCCAUCCCCCGACGGAGAAACGGGAAAGUGUUUAUAGAUUUAGAACUAAACCGUGAUUUUAACGGGGAGGACUAUGAAUACGAGGAUGAGGCCAAGCUCGUCAUUUUUCCAGACCACUUCGAGAUUCCCUUACCAAAUAUUGAGGAGUUGCCGGCUCUGGUCACUAUUGCCUGUGAUGCAGUGCUCAAUUCACCAUCAGCUUACAAAAAGCAAGAGCCUGAAUCAUGGGAGGAGGAGAUCCAGGUGUCCAGACAUGCCAGGAGCCUCCGACAGCUUGAUAAUGGGGUCAGAAUCCCACCCAGUGGCUGGAAGUGUCAGAAGUGUGAGAUGAGAGAAAACCUGUGGCUUAACCUGACAGAUGGAGCAGUGCUCUGUGGGAAGUGGUUCUUUGAUGGGAGUGGAGGUAAUGGCCAUGCUUUGGAGCACUACAGAGAGACCAACUAUCCCCUGGCUGUUAAACUGGACACCAUCACCCCAGAUGGAGCAGAUGUCUAUUCAUUUGAGGAGGAAGAAGCUGUGUUGGACCCCCACAUAUCAGAACACUUAUCACACUUUGGAAUAGACAUGCUACAGAUGCAGAAAAGAACAGAAAAUGGGAACCACACUGACAAUAAUGCACGGCCACGAGUCAGUGAAUGGGAGGUGAUUCAGGAGUCGGGCAUGAAGCUGAAGGCACUGUAUGGUCCUGGAUACACAGGCAUCAAAAACCUGGGCAAUACCUGCUACCUCUGCACAGUAAUACAGGUCCUCUUUAGUAUCCCAGAUUUUCAGAGGAUGUAUGUGGGUAAUCUUCAGAGGAUAUAUGACUAUUCACCCCUUGACCCCACCCAGGACUUUGCCACGCAAAUGGCCAAACUGGGACAUGGACUGCUCUCAGGCCAGUACUCAAAACCACCCAUGAAAUCUGAGCUCAUUGAACAGGUGAUGAAAGAAGAACACAAGGUAUUAAACUGGUACCAGCAGAAAGGCAUCUCCCCAAGGAUGUUUAAGGCCAUGGUCAGCAGGGGACACCCAGAGUUUUCCUCAAACAGACAGCAAGAUGCCCAAGAGUUUUUGCUGCACCUUAUCAACCUAGUGGAGAGGAACAGUGCAGGCUCAGAGAAUCCAAGUGACGUCUUCCGUUUCCUGGUGGAGGAGCGAGUUCAGUGCUGUCAAUCACGUCGGGUGCGAUACACACAGAGGGUGGACUACUGCAUCCAGUUGCCAGCCCCCAUCGAGGCUGCCACCAAUCGAGAGGAGCUGCUGGCAUAUGAGGCCAAGUGGAAAGAUGCUGAGGAGAACAUGAGGGCUCCUCCUGAGCCAGUCAGAGCACGGAUUCCUUUCACGUCCUGCCUGCAGGCCUUCACAGAACCAGAAAACGUCCCAGACUUCUGGAGCUCAGCACUACAGGCAAAAUCAGCUGGAGUCAAAACUUCCCGUUUUGCCUCCUUCCCAGAGUAUUUGGUUGUGCAGAUCAAGAAAUUUACAUUUGGGCUUGACUGGGUGCCAAAGAAACUAGACCUGGCCAUCGAUGUCCCAGACUUUCUGGAUCUGAACCGGCUGCGGGCCACAGGGCUGCAGACUGGUGAAGAGGAGCUGCCUGACCUCAUGCCUCCAAUCGUGCUACCUGAAGAUACAAGAGAUAACUCAACAGGCUCUGGAGAUUCUCCAGAAAUAGACGAGGUGGCAGUAAUGCAGCUGGCAGAGAUGGGCUUCCCGCUAGAGGCCUGUAGGAAGGCGGUCUACUACACGGGCAACAUGGGCCCCGAGAUGGCCUUCAACUGGAUCAUAGCUCACAUGGAGGAGCCUGACUUUGCAGAACCUCUUACUCUGCCCUCCAUGAUGGAUCCUGGUCCCUCCACCAGUGACAGCCCCAUGGGUGCCACGCCUCUGAGCAACUCGCCCCCUGAGGAGAGCAUCGCCAUCCUCACUUCUAUGGGCUUCCCUCGCACUCACAGCAUCCAGGCACUAAAAGCCACGAACAAUAACCUUGAACGAGCACUUGACUGGAUCUUCACCCACCCGGAAGAGGAGGAGAGUGAUGUCCUUUCAGACAUGGCUGACACAGAACCCAAUGACAAUGCUUUCUUCAAUGCCAACUCACACAGCGACUCUACACUUUCUCCAGACAGAGAAACAUUGGGGCCGAGAGUCAAAGAUGGACCAGGACGCUAUGAGCUUUUUGCCUUCAUUAGCCACAUGGGAGCGUCCACAAUGUCUGGACAUUAUGUUUGUCACAUCAAAAAGGAGGGAAGGUGGGUGAUCUACAAUGACCAGAAAGUGUGUUUGUCAGAAAGGCCUCCAAAAGACUUGGGCUACAUCUACUUUUACCAUCGACUGUCGAGCAGUUAAACUAAUAGUUAGCACAUCCACCCUGCAACCUUUGAAGAACAGCGAUCAGAAGACUGGCAGACAACUCUAUUAACAUCUGUAGUGGAAAUGAUGGAAAUCCUCUCAGACCAGCCACUCGCCGUACUGUGAUGUCAUUCAGGAGCAGCCAAGAACACUGGUCAGAAAGGGAAAGCAAUGUGCUUUUUGUGCAUCUGUGUUACGUCAUGCUUUAAAUGUAUAUUUCAGUGUUUAUGUUUAAAAGGACAUUUUCUCGACAGCGUAGGUUCGAAGGGAUGUGUGCAAUUUCAACUUCUGGACUUCUCUGGACACACAAAAAUGUCACAUAUAAAAUCCUAUUGUUUCUGCUCUAUGCCUUCAGCUACUGUGCCACUGUUUUAAAAGUGGCACAUUUUAUAAGUAUAUUUUCUAAUGGCAGUGCUUCACUGCCAGCCCUGAAAUGCUCUGGAGCUGUGAUAGCGAAAACAAAAAAUUACUGUGUUGUUUGUUGGUGGCUUUUCAAAUUACUUUGAAAAUAUUCUGGUUGGGUUACGGAGAGACAUUAGCAUCAUACUUUGCGCAUAUUUCAUAAUGAAGGGAAUGAAAACUAAGAAGGCCAUGAGAUGGUGUUGAAUGUGACACUAUCGCUGGCUCAAUAAUGGCUCAGACUUUCUCCGGUUUUACUUGGAGAUGGUGCACACAUUUGUCAGUUUUAAUGAGGAACUUAAUGCACUGUGGUACACUGGCUGAGUUAUCAGGAUAGAAGUAUUUUCUCCUUCCUGAGCACUUUUUGACACACAUAAGUUAAUAUUCUGCACCAGAUGCUGUAGAAUUGGACUUUUUAUUCACCACGUACAAGCAAUUGAAUGUCACAUCAAAUUUCUACUAUAGUCUGCUGAAACUGUCAGUCCUUAAAGAGAUUGAUGCCUAAAGUUGCUCUUAAUUUCUGAUUGCUGUCACCAUCGUUCUCCGUGUUCAAGUAAGUCAUAUCGUAGCCCCUAACCCUGCAUUCAACCCAUUUUUUUAAUAGGUUUUGCUCAAAUUGCAAAGUAUUUGCAUAGUGGGCAAAACUAAACUCUCAGCUGCAGCUGGUCCACUUUUGUUUCUUUAAUCAUGUUGACGGAUUCAGACUGUGACCCAAAAGUUAAAAUUAAUGUUUUCUUUGACCUAAUGGUACUUUUUACAGGUCAGUUAAUGUUGAUGUUUACCAUUAUGAUAAAGGCUGCACAAUUACCAGUGUCUCCUCUGCACAUGCAUCCCUCUGCUAGCAGACAUGGUUCAGUGUUGAAUAUAUCUUGGUGCUCACUGUUACCAAAACCUCCUCUUCUUCAUUAAUACCUGGAAACCAGUGAGACUAGGCUGUUCAGUCACCACGACCUCAUGCUGGAUUAUCUAAUGAUGCUGUACUCUCACUGCUGUCUAUAAACAGCAGCUCACUGUUGUCAGAUCCUCCUGUCUACUUGUAUGUGCCUGGAACUGGACUUGAAUCUGGUUUUGAAUGUUACAUAUCAAAAAAGUAGACUAAUAUCACAAAGAACCGGUGUUUUGUCAGUGAGGUGGACCCUUAAAGGUCCAGUGUGUUGACUGUAGAGUGCGAGAAGUGGAGGAUUCCUCUGCUCGCUCACUCCUUUCCCCAAACACAUCAGGGAACAAUGGUGGCCUUUGGAUACCAGAAAGAAUGCAGCCAUUUCCACUUUGUUCAUCUCUUUAUGUUUCUCAUGUAUGUGGGCGGAGCUAUUCUUUGUCUGCUUCAGAACAUGCAAGUUCAGGCUACUGUAGAAACGUGGUGACACAAGAUGGUGGCCUCCAACAGUGCACAUAAAAAGUUUCUUCCAAGGCUUUGAAAACAAAGUACACGUGAAAACAUACACAUAUGCAAAGCCUCCUAAAUGUUACACACUGGACCUUUAAUUCCAAUUUGAUGACCUGUGAUCAAACUUCUGGUGCACAUAUUGUGUUUUAAAGGGGAGUUCUGCUGAAAAGUGACUUUCAGAGUGUUGUAUUACGCUGAUGAAAUGUAACAUUUAAGGUGACUUUGGAGCCUUCACUUUUGAUGUUACAGAAAAGGAAAAUCAUUUGGCCAUAAAAAGACAUUUCUCAAGAGAGUUGAAAGAAGAAAAACUGGAAGGAGCAACUGAAAGUCUUUCAAUGUUUUUUAAAUGAAACAGAAGACUGUCUUUUCUUGUAGGAUAAAAAAAUAAAAAUACUUUAUAAGUACUCAGAUUAACAUCUUACUUUACAGAAUAAAAUCAUAUUUCUGAAGCACUCUUCUUUAACAACACUGUCUAGACACCGAUUUUAAUAAAUCCUGACCUCUCUUCAUCAGAUAUUACUUGACAAACUGCUGCAGUGUGCUUGUCUGUGCAGCAGGAAAUUCUAUAAUGUUUCUAUGCAAGUCUUGUGUUUCUGCGAUUAAAAAAGGAUAAUUAUUUCCCCUCAGAAACUGAAUGUGUCCUGUCAAAACCCUGGGUGAUGAAGUUGUCGCCUUGCUUAAUGAUGUUUAGUCCUGCGUCUUCAGAUAUCCUGUGCAAUUCAUUUCAUUUCUCUGCACCUUUGUUCUCCCUCAGUCUCCUGAUUAUGUUAUUGUCUUUUUUUUUGUCUUUUUAUUUCAGCUUUCCCUCGAGCUCAGUCUCUUCCAUUCUUCCCCUUUACGUUGUUAAAACGUAUCAGUUAAAUUUGCCACAAAAAGGCUUUGUCACUGUCAGCAUGUGCACUAGACGUUGACAUUUAGUCAUUUGGAUUGUGCCAUUGUACUUUUGUGAGUUUUGUUCUCUUUUCUCAUUUAACUAAAUGUCAAAAAAAAAGAAAGAAAAAAAGAUUCACCUGUUUUUACUGUGUUGCCUUUUUGCAUACAAGUUUGUGCCAGUUCUGUAGUUCUUAUUACAUAGUUUUCCUGAAGGGUUUAUUUUAAGUUGACUUUUGUAAUGUCUGCAUUUAUCCAUACAUGGCUUAGGUGUAUGUGAAUAGAGUCUUUAUGACAGUACAGUGGCACUGUUUACUUACGAUUUUUUGGAUAAUUGAAUAAACUACACUUUUGUGAA